CUCGCGCGCUCCGGCCGCGUCUGACGCCGGCGUCGCGAUGCGCGAGCACCCGGCCCCGCGGCCGCUCCCGCAAGCGCCGCGCUAACCUGUACCCAUGCAGUGGCGAAAACUUACCAGGUUGAAGUCUUCGCCGGGCGGACAGUCGCGCGCUCGGAGGAUGCUCUGCUGCGGCCGCAGGAAGGAGAAUGGCCGCGCGGCACCGGACUUGACGGCGUCGCCGGGCCGCGCGCCGCCCGGCCCGCCGCAGUUGCCGCGCGCCAACCACGCGCCGCCCUGCGUACUGCAGCCAGACUUCCGAAAGGUAUCAGGUGUAAGCAAUGAAAUAUUCAGGCAGAUUGAAAUGGUGGAAAACGACCAUGAUUCGACCACGGCCGCGGCGCUCGAGGCGGUGGAACGCCGCGGCGAGAUGAUCGUACGAAUAUUGGAAAUAAGACAAGUGGGCCGGAACAAUAUUGAAGCCGCUAAGAAGUUCUUUUCACUACAGGACUCUCGCCAUAUAGUUCAACUGGUUGAGAUCGUGAAGCGUCCCGGACAAACCCUAGGUUUGUACAUUAGAGAAGGAGAUGGUGGCGCCAGGACAGACGGAGUUUUUAUAUCACGGAUAGCACUGGAAUCCGCCGUGUACAACAGCGGAUGUUUGAAGGUCGGAGACGAGAUUCUGGCUGUGAAUCUGGUAGACGUGAGGAGGAUGUCUCUCGAUGACGUUGUGAUCAUUAUGUCCAUACCAAGGAGGCUGUUACUUUGUACAAGGCAGCGGAAAGGUAAAUCCGGACCGGGCUCCCCGUCUUUGCCUCGGUCUGAGCACAAGCCACCUCCAGUGGUGGUGUUGAAGAGAGACUGCCGAGAUGAUGAUGACCGGGACCGUGUUGAUGGACUAUAUUCACAUGAUAAUUAUGCUUUUAGACACGGGACGCUUCGGUCCGCUGGAGGCCCGGGUAGUAAUGUGCGUCCUGUUGGCGACGGAAGGGAAGAGAGGAGUCGGCUGCAACUCGGCGCACUUUCGCCCGACUCCACUGCUCUCGACCUGUAUUAUAAUCCAAGACCACCUUCAGAUCAUUCCACGUGGAGCUAUCGUCCACCACCGCCGGUUAUCACAGAGCAGCCCAAGUCUGCGGCAACACAUUUCGUACCUUACGAACGGUCGUAUCCAAAUACUCUUGAGAGCUUGGCAGAGAAAGUGCACUCGUUGUACCCUACUGAUAGUGGAAGUACCCGAUUCGGAGGCCGUGUACCUCGAUCUGGUUCAGAGCAACAACUUCCUAGAGCUGAAACACAUUCAGACUUCGGCCGACACUCUCUGCUCAGAUCUAGUUUGAAGGCUUCAGCUGCUACUGGUAGCGGAGCGUCGAGUCUCUCAAGAUAUAAUCAGAGAUACGUAGGAGUGGGUAUGACGGGACCCGGACUGACAGGCAGUGGACUAGGUUCUGGCUUAGGCGGGACUGGUUUGGGACCUGGUCUUCCUUCAGGAUUAUCCACAACUGGCCUUAGUGGGCUCACCGGCUCAAGUUUAGUGGGAUCUGGCCUAACAAGUUCAGGGUUGGGUCCUGGACUCACUGGAACUGGUUUAGGAUCGACUCUUGGUGGAGGUUAUGGUACUAGUGCAUUAGGACUGCCGUCAUAUAGUAGCAAAUUCGGAACGACGAGAAGAAACCGCAGUUUAGAUUAUUCGUCCGAUACAGAAGCCACAGCACCUACAAGGACUCCUUAUUAUUCGGGUCUUAGUGGGUAUAGAAGUAGUACUUUGGGCCGAGAUAUAGGAUCUAAAUUCAAUUCACUGCCGAGAGAUGUAAGAGGAACCGGUCAAAGGUUGGGACUCAGUAGACGUGCAGGAAGUGUUCUUCAAGAUGAACCAGAACCAUUGUCUUCUCGUUUGGAUCUACGUUCUUCCAGAGGUCGUCUACCAUCGUCGCCAUCAGUGUUCACGUCAGACGAAUAUCGCGCUUGGUUGUCGCGCGCUCCAUCCACUAGCGCCCUCUACGAGACGCUACGUCCACGCUUGCCGACACAUUAUUCUGCUGAAAAUAUACAUGAUGCGCUCAAAAAUAUGGAGAGCGGUAGCCGUUUCGGUUCAACUCUCGGGUUGGCUGGUCGCCGGAUUGAGCGACCUCGUCACUUGCCAGCUCGCUCGUUAUCCUCACAACAAUUAGGUCCCACUGCCGGGGGAUCUCCAUCAGCUCGUCGCGUCAGACAAUUGCUAGAGCUGGGGUCGAGGUUCAACUGCCCCAACCCGAGUCCAGUACCUACUCCCAGUUCUCGACAUCAGCGACAUUUGGAUAUAAAUCCUAAUGAGUUUUUAAAAUACAAAGUGGAAAAGCCAAGCUCUGGAGGUCUAUCAGCAUCUAUGACCGGUCUAUCCCGCCUCUCUGGUGGUGUAUCAGGGAUGCUCUGGGUACACUUGCUAGCCGGUCGGGGUCUUCGUCCAGCGCCUUCGGGAUCUUCCCCUGGCUCACCACCUUCGGGACCAUUAGCACCUGCUCAACCGCCUGUAGCUCCGAGAGACUUGUAUUGUGUGUUGGAAUGCGAUAGAGUACAUAAGGCUCGCACUGUGGUUCGUACUGGUGAGCUUCAAUUUGAUUGGGACGAGUCUUUCGAACUGGAAUUAGUGGACAACCGACAGUUGGACGUGCUGGUCUACUCGUGGGAUCCUCAGCACAGGCACAAGCUUUGUUACCGAGGUGCUGUCACUCUACCUGACUUACUUGCUCGCUCAGCCUCCCAUCAACUUGCCAUUAAGAUGGAGCCACGUGGCACGCUGUACGUGCGCGUGCGGCAUACGGAGCCGCACGAGCUGUUCCGGCGGCGUGCGGCACCGGCGCGAAUAUCGCCGCCGCCGCUAUUCGGCGCCGAACUGGACGCCGUGGUAGCGCGUGAGGGGCGCCCGCCGCACGCUCCGCCUGUGCCGCUCAUUGUGCGUCGCUGCGUCGAGGAGAUCGAGCGCCGGGGACUCGACAUCAUCGGUCUCUAUCGACUAUGCGGUUCGGCGAGUAAGAAGCGCAUAUUACGGGAGGCAUUCGAAAGAAACGCUCGAGGUGUGGAGUUGGCACCAGAUUCAGUUCCUGACAUCAACGUCAUUACUGGGCUAUUAAAGGAUUACCUAAGAGAAUUGCCCCAGCCCCUAUUCAGUCGAUGCCUGUUCCAAAUGACUUUGGAUGCACUGGGUGUGUGCCUACCAGACGAUCGGGAGGGCAACGCCCGACUGAUGGCGUCGAUAGUAGAAUGCCUGCCGCGCGCAGCCCGAGCCACCCUCGUCUUCCUGCUCGAUCACUUAGCUCUGGUCGUAGCAGCACAAGACCGCAACAAGAUGUCGCCACAACAUCUCGCCGUCGCGUUAGCACCACCACUCAUGUUACACUCGCAGCCACCCAACGAAUUGGACUACCAGAGACCCAUACACGUGCUACAGUGCUUGCUACAAAUAUGGCCGGCGCCGAAACGUUCAGUUCGGCGCGGCGAGCCAGCAACCGGGCCGCGUGGAAGCAAAGUCAGUGCGUCGCUAGCGGGCUCAGUCACCCUCCCCCCAGGCCGAGUUCCGCCCUCAGUCAGUCCAUAUCGGCCUCAAGCGGCAGCAUCAGCAGCAUCUCCGCCGCCAGCUCUCUCGGGUCGGCCCGUGCCAGACCGCUCGCCGCCCGCACAUGUUCUCUCAUCAGUCAGGGGCGGCCAAUAUCGUCCGCAGUCGCCUCUCCGCGGUCCACUGCCCGCUCCGCCUCGCUCCCGUCAGGUGACAGUGUCGUCUCCAGGUUCGCCCAGCAGUAGCUCCGGCAGUCACAGUCCGGCCGAUACUAUCAAACACGGUGGCUCAGUGUCCUCGAUCUUGCGGCAGCCGGAGCGCGCCUGUUCGCCUCGCAUGUCCCCGCGGAACUCUCCGCGCGCAUCUCCUCGAGAUUCCCCGCGUACUAGCACACCGCGCGAGAUCUCUUCCAGGGAGAUGACGCCGCGAGAUCUUACCCCGAGGGAGAUGACGCCGCGGGAUCUCACUCCGCGAGAAAUGACGCCACGGGAGAUGACGCCGCGAGAUCUCACUCCCCGUGAGCCAGGUUCGCGCGAGUCGCCCCGCUCGGCAAUCCCUGGUACUUCUGCCGGGCUCGCGGUGACGCUGAACAUGAGCGGCAGCGGCAGCGGCGGCCUCAGUCCCCGCUACAGCUCCACCAACCCGUUCCUUCAGCAGUACGACGCCGAGGAGGAAGCGGAGGCCUGGCGUGCCGCAGAUAUAUUCUCCUCGCCAUCCACGCACACAUAGUGCUCAUAGCGAAUUGAGAUUUUCUAGUCAAUUUUUUUAAUCGAAUCGAAAGAGUGCUACGAUUCCGCUGUAUAUUAUGUUGUUUAUUGACGGGCGUGGUGCGCGUUCGUGUAAUUGUUAUAUAUAGAGCGAGUAUAUUAUUGUGAGAAUGUAUACCUGCUGACGCGCGAGGUGCACGCCUCGCCGGCCGCCGGUGCUCCGCCCUGUAGCCACUAUAGUCUUUAGGGCUGUACGUACUAUGACGUGCGGAGAACGGACAGGCAGCGUUAGCACAAUAUAUAAUGAUCCUUAAUAUUAUAAGUAGAGAGUAAAAUACAUGGUAAGUGGCUAUUCUCUCCGUGCGCACGGACUCGUACGCCUGUCCGGACAAAUUUUACCCAUAGUUUUAUUUGGCAUUUCUACACUUAAUCACACAAUUGGACCAUCAUACGUAACAUGUGGUUAAUCCAGUUGAUCCAGACUGUUCCAAGGGACUAAAAGGUGCUCAAUCUAUGUCAUAUUAAGAGUUAUUUUAUAUUACACCUACAGCGACUGCCUGCUCUCCGCACAUCGCAGUGAGUUUAGUCUUUUUAUGAUAUUGUAUUGUACAUUGUAUAUAAUAUACGUAUAUGUAGGUACGCUCCAGUUUUGUACCAAUCGGGCGGGAGUACGGCGGACGGCCCGCGGCGCUACACACAUCAUCCCACAUAUCAGAGGUUUGCGUACCCAAUCGACACUAAACACGCGACAUCUCACUAAACAAAGUACACUUUUUCUAACAAUAUCGCUAGUUGAAACGUUUAAAUGUAUGGAAUUGAAAUACUGAUUAAGCUAAUUUCAAUAGUUUAUGUCAAUUCCAUUCAAUUUGAAUUUUUAACUAAUGAUAUAGUUAACAAAAUGUACUUUGUAGUAUUAAUGGAAUCCAGACACUAAUUGACCUUCUGUACUCACAUAAUUGUGUCCGGUAGCGGUUCAGUGUCGACUGUGAACAUCGACCAGUAGCUCGAAUAGGGAGAGUGUAUCAUAGAACAGACGUACGGACUGUCUUGAGACUGAGACCAUAUCAGAGUAGCUCGUAGGCACCAUUCGAAAUGUAUCCGUCGUAGAACGAGCGAUUACGUCACAUUGAAACGCAACGCUGUUAUAAAGAAUAAUCCUAAAAUAAUCCUUGUUCAUUAAUAACAUAAUGCAUAUUAUAACGAUAUAUUAACUAAAAUAGUUAUUAGUAAAGCAUUUUUACGAGUCGCUAAUUCUAUGAAGGAAAGGAGUUAUUUACGCGAUUGGAUCGGUCGCAAUCUCAAGAUCAGAGGUGUUAUGUUCGGAUGUCGAUUGAUAAAUAUUAGAACUUCAUACAUUACAUUAAAAUACUUAUAUUAGGAAUUCGGUGCUCUUAAUUAAUAUAUAAUAUAAAUUUCUUUAAAGAAACAAAAAUUGCAUGUUCGGAAGUAAUAAUAAAUGAGCGAUCAUUAUGGCAUCCGAUUCGGACAUGCAAUUGUUAUUGUUAAAAUGUGUUAUAGUCUCUAUAAGUACUUCUUUGCUUUUAUAACAUAUACCAAAAUAUAAGUAAAAUUAAUUUGCUGAAAAUAAGUACAUCAAUAAUUAUUUUACCUUUCUUGCACUUUGAGAAAUAAAAUUUUGACAUUUUUAAUAUUUGCAUUGCAAUACUUUGCAAAGGAACUCAUAGCAAAAAGUGUAAUAAGUUUCUAUUAUUGAUAUUGCUUGUAUAAAUUUCAAAUGUAUGGAAUUGACAAAAUUUUUGACAUAAGUUAUUAAAAUCAAUUCCAAUAGUUUAUGUCAAUCUCUACAGAAUUUGAACUUUUUGCUAGCAAUAACCUCUGUAGUAUAGUCCAUAUGUAUGGAAUUAACACAAUAAUAGAUAUAAACUAUUGAAAUUAACUUCAAUAGUUCGUAUCAAUACCAUACAAUAUGAAGUUUUCUGCUGUUUAAUUAUAUGAAAUUGAGACACGAUAGAAUGGAGCUUACAUCAAUUCCAUACAAUUUGAAUUCUAUUAGCGAUAAUUCUAGUAGAAACAUUUAUUAACUAGUUAGAAAAAGACCAUUAUUACAUUUUGUAAGAUAACUUUUAGAAUCCAUUUAAAAUCAUUAUCCGAAAAUAACACCUCAGUUCUUAAUUUAGCGUCUGCUAGACAUAUAAGAGUGGGGAAAUCGACCAAUGACAGCACUGACGCUAACCAUCACUGCCAUUAUUGGUCCAUUUUAUAUAGAAAGCAUAAUAUUAUACACUUGUUUAUAUGUCUGUCGGAGGCUACAUGGCUACUAUAAACUUUUGAGCGACACUUCAAGGCGACUUUGCUAAUUAUAUUUACUGUUUAUAGAUUUGCACAAAUAACGCGACUGAUAUGGGACACAAAACGUUUUUGAAACUUUUACUUUUGUACUAUUUCUCGUUUGUAUUAUAUAAUACUAGGAAGUUAUGUUGGAAGACCUCGCCUAUACCUCUGUAAUUUGUAAUUCUAUGCUCACUUAGGAAUUCUAUAGGUAUCAAGUUUUAUUCGAUAUUCGAUGACGGUUCGUCUUUCGCAGGGGCCUAUAACUGUUUUGUGAUAUAGAAUUCCAAAGUACGCAUUAUUAGCACAACAGUUCAUGGAGUUUUUUCUACUAUAUAUGUAGCGAUAUUUUUCUAUAUCGUGAAUAUUUAAUAGUAAUGUCUUUAUGAAGGAUUUUUAGUGACGGUUUCGUAUUAAUGGACAUCGAACGACACGGAAAACGAUUUUUUUUUAUUUAUAUUACAUUCAAGAUUCUUAACCGGUCAAAAGUAUAUUUGACUAGUUAAAAAUACCAAUUGACUGUUUUUUGAACUUUUGGCCGCGUUAAGGUUUUUGACAUGUACAUCAGUCUUGUAAGAAAAUAAAGCAGUUGUUGAUAUAGUAGUUAGUCUUUAAAGGAAUAUAUCAAUUUAGUAUAGCAUCACUAAUAAAUUAUAUUCAUUACGCAUAUUGAAGAGUAAUUUUAUAGAGAUAAUAAAUAAAUACAUCAAUUAAUUUCCAUAUACAUAAUAUUAAUGUAGAGACAUUAUCACGUGACGUUCUGUCCUAUAAUACGGGCCGAAUGAUAGACAAUAUAACGUACUGAUGUAACUUGAAUUGUCGCUCGACAGGCGGUAGCCGGCGUGUAGCGUGUAGUGUGUAGUGACUACGGCGCACAGCUUCAGUUGGCUUCAUAGCGGCUACGGACGCGAGAGGUCGCCUAACCGAAUUACGACCACCUCGCCUCUAACAUGGUUCACACUUCGCAUCGCUAUCUCUUUCGCAAUGUAUAAGCGUGAAAAAGACAGCACGAUUAUGCGGUUAGUGUAUAGACGAGGUAUGACAUUCCCGUGACAGAUGAGAUAUUUCUUAUGUCCAUAAUACCUUUAUUAGGAUUAAAAUACGUAAUAGACAGUACUCAAUAUUAGUAUUCAAAUAAAGAUUUUAUUUUAUUAGGUAUCACUUUUCGGAAGUCCAUAGGGUUAAUUUUGCUACCGUUAGUAUAUCUAAAACCAUUAUUAUUUGCGGGCGAUUGACCAUUAUUCACACAGGCUCUAUACAUAUACGAUCUUCUCUAUCAGAUCUAUGACCUAUCUCCCUAGACAAGGUAUAAACGGAGUCUAUCAAUAGAAUCACUUCGAUUAACACUCACAUGAGGAAGAAUAAAACAGCGCAUGUCGCUACAACAUUCCAUCUUAUGGAUUCGUGAGGUAUUUCCGAAUCUUCUAAGUUAUAUGGAUAACAGAAAACGGAAUGGUUUAUCAUAUUAUUUUUUAUACCUAUACCUUCGUCUAUACUCUAAUACAUUUAGCUUUAGGGCGAAGUGUGUACUAAAGAUGUAGAGGUAGCGGGAAUUUCGACCACUGAGUGUAAAUGCUAUUUAAUGAGAGGUCGACGGUAUUGAAUAAUAAAAAUAAAGUGGCUUUUAUAAAUUGCGGAUUGGAUAAACGUAUUUGUUAGUGUUACAAUUUUACAAGAUUAGACAUAUGUUGAUGUGAAUGAAAUACAAUUACUUUAUAUUGGCUCUACUUACAAAACAUAUUUUUGCUUGCAGUUUGUAUCAAUUGGUCUGUCAGGAGAGGAUGUGGAAUUGCUUAUUGUUGUAGUGACCAUGUCACGUUGCAAACUUAUAGAACUACUCCGAAGUAAGGAGUGUAAGGCCAGUAUAAAUAAUUGUAAUUCAGUGUGAAUGAAAUAGUACCAAAACGAUUCACAUCGUUUGGUACUCAGUGGUUGUAUUUUAAGCUACCUACAACUAUUGCUUAUGAUCUGUUACCUAAUUCUUGUUGUAAUUCAAUAACAAUUGACAAUGCUUUGUAAUUCAUACACUUGUUAAAAUGUUAGGAAUUGUAUUCAGAAUUAAUAAUAUCCCUCACAUAUACAUAUAGGAUUCAAAUUCAACUUGUUAUAGUUACACAAUUUGUUGUCUAUUAAGAUAUUAUAUUUCGUGUACAUAGUAUAUAAAAAACUUUGAUUUCUUCCGAUUUUAUUGGUGGGAAUAUGGCAAUUGAUGUCGAUUUUCACUAUAUAGAAGAUAUAUUAUGGUAUAGAGUUAUAAUUAUAUAAAUAGGUAUGUACCUAGAUUUGUGUUCAUACUAUAUCGUCUGCCUCUCGCGUCCGCUGCCGUAGUAAGUUUGUGUUGCGGGGUCUCUUGCCCCAAAGAUAAUAUCAGUAUUUCGACAAUUUGGUAAAGUAGCGUUACUACAUACGUGUACUUAACGUAACAAGUAAACACCGCCCGUCUCUGUACCGGGCGGCUGGAACACAGACGAAAAUAAAUAAUACGACGUUA